UGUUGCGCACGCACUGUUCUUUUUGCUCUAUCUAAUUCAAUAGGUACGACUGAAAUAGAUGAAACAUAGUCCAUUUGCCUUCGCUUCGGCGUCAUACUGACUUUACUUUACCCUCAACAUUCUGUGAGUUUGGUACGAUUUUUUACGUUAACAGAAUAUUAGUAAUUCCUUAUUCAAUUAUUUCAACAUUCUUUCUUAACAAUUAUAAAUUGUGUUUGUGCGUAUUGUACUUUGUUAGUGUACGUGAACAUUGCAGAUAUUACAAACAUCAGAGCUUCUGGAAUUUUUUUGGAGCGUCACCACGUGUUCAGCGCAACGAAUAUAUUGCAUUGAGUGUAAGAUUUUUGAAAUAUAAUGGAUUCUUCACUUUUGUGCUCCAUUUGUUUGCAAGAACUAGCUGCCGACUCGACUACUGUGGUUUAUGAAAAAGGACUACAAACGUUGAUUAAAAGAAGCCAAGAAAAAGGUGACGAUAAAUGGAAGCAAUGGAUUGGUAAACAAAAUUAUACUUUUCAUAUUAACUGUCGGAAACGAUACGCUGUAUCGUUAAGAGAACCUAACACAAUGUCGUUGCGACAAUCUUCUGAAAUAGUUUCUAAUCUGCAAUCAGCAGCAGACGUAAUACCCUCUUCUCCCUCCGCCUCUGGAUCAUCUACAUCAUUCUCUGAAUUUCAAAAUGAUUUUCAAUUCGACAAGCUAUGCUUCAUAUGUGGUAAUGUAUGGGAUAAAAGGAAACCAGGAUCGAUCGUCAGCGAAAAUAGAAUGAAAGAUCGUUUCAUUGCUGCUGCUAGAGAACAUGAUGAUUCUUUUGGAGCUCCUAUUAUCGCACGUCUACAAAGCAUCGAAUCUAUUGUUGCAGCGAAGGCACGAUAUCAUACAACAUGUAAUAUAAAAUUAAUAUUACCACUCUACAAAAAACCCUCAUCUACCAAUAGUAAAGAAACAGAUGUUACCUUUCAAAGAAUAUAUGAACAUAUCGAAUCUAGUGGUGAAUUUAAAUUUCGUUACUCGACUUUAAAAGCACUAAUGGACGAUGAUGAUAAUUAUGAAAUUUCCACUCGAACUUUAUUUCGACAUUUAAAAAAAAAAUAUGGAGAUGACAUUUUUAUAUUUCAACAUAAAGGCAAAGAACCAAUAAUCUAUUACAAAUAUCAUAAUAUGGCACAAAUUUGUAGCGAUUGGUAUGGUGGUAGUGAGUCUGUCAGUGAAUCCGCCAAACGAACUAUACUUCAAGUAUGUGCCGAGAUUUUACAAGAUGAAAUUAAGAAAUUUCGAUACAACACAACAACUUAUCCUACACCUCAGGCAUUUCUCGAUACUGUUACAUCAGACAUACCUCCACUUCUUAAUAGUUUUUUACACAGAUUAAUAAUAACAGAUGGAAAGGAGCAGUCUCAUGAAUCUUCACUUUACAUCAAAAUUGAAAAUCUUGCCCACUCUAUUAUAUCAGCACUUCGCCCAAAAUCAUUUAUCUCAUGUCUUCAAUUAUCUAUAGAAACGUACAUUUAUCGUAAGACGGGAUCAAAAUUAGCUAUAAAUUUAUUAAACAGAUUAGGAAUAUGUUCGUCGUACCAUAAUAUUCAACUCCACGAAGCUUCAACGAUUAUUCAUCCACAAACAACUAAAAUCGAAAAUGCAUUUGUCCAAUAUGUUUUUGAUAAUACUGACCACAAUGCCAGUACUUCAGAUGGUCGUGAAACCUUUCACUGUUUAGGUGGCAUUGCUGCGUAUACUCCAGCUGAUCAUAUUUCAUAUGAAGGAAGUACAAUUAAAGAAUUACCAAGCUUUUGACCAACAACACCGAUUUAAUACGUACAGCAUUGGAGUAUGAAUUAUCUCCAUUUCCGUUAUCAUUAUUCGAUGAAAAUGGAUAUAUGAGGAAAGGAACGAAAUCAGAUUUAUAUGAUGUUUUUGAAACAAUAAACGCUAGUAGUAAAAUUUUGAAAGAAUCCGUUUGUGUCAUCGAUGGAGGAUGGCUAUUACACCAAGUACAAUGGCCGCAUAGUAAAACAUUCCGAGAUAUUUGUGAUCUUUAUGUUUCAUAUAUUCAUCGACAUUUCCCGGAAGCAUACAUAGUUUUUGAUGGAUACAGUAAUGAAAAUGUUGCUGUAAAAACAUAUGAACGAUUUCGUCGUAAUGAAAAAAAUUUUGCUCCAGAUGUUAAUAUCAAUAUGGAUUUGAUGGUAUUAUUAACACGUGAAAAGUUUUUAGCAAAUAUUGCUAAUAAACAUAAAUUCAUAAAUUUACUAACAGAAUCCUUGAGGCAAUCAAACAUUCAUGUUGAAGUGGCAAAUGGAGAUGCUGACACAUUGAUUGUAACUACUGCAAUCGAAUUGAAGAAUCGUGUAUCAAAAUCGGUAGUAGUUGUAGGUAAUGAUGUCGAUCUCAUUGUUUUAUUAGUCGGUCUGACUUCACCUGGCACAAUCAUAUAUUUCUAUAAAAUGGGAUCAGGUAAAACUGAGAGCAGAGUUUAUGACACACAUUCCAAUCAGCUAUUCAAAGAUUUCAUUCUAUUCGUCCAUGCAUUUUCUGGCUGUGAUUCAACAAGUGCCCUAUUUAAUAAAGGCAAAAAGAGAUUAGUAAAGCUGUUUCUCGAAGAUGCACAAUUAACAGAUAUGAUAAAACCUUUUUACAGUAGUAACAGUGAAAAACGAAUUUUGUAUGAAGUUGCAGAAAAAAUAAUUUUCCAGCUUUAUCUUAGUAAUAAUACAAAAGAGCAACCUACAACAAUUGCUGAACUAAGAUACUACUUAUUUAAUCAAACGAUAUUCCAUAAUAAUAAAGAAUCGUCAUUAGCUACUUUACCUCCAACUCAAGCAGCACUUCUAGAGCAUACAAAAAGAGUCUAUUUACAAGUACAAGAAUGGCUUGGAAAAAACAUGGACGCUGAAGAAUGGGGAUGGAAGAGAAUAUUCCAAAUCAUCAUGUAUCCAGUGAUGACAACAGCACCGCCCGCACCAGAUGUACUACUUGAACAGGUUCGUUGUUCAUGCACGGACUGUUCGAGUAGCCGUUGCACGUGUAAAAAGAGUGGUAUUCGCUGUACUCAGCUUUGUAAGAACUGUGAAGGGAAUGCUUGCGAAAACAAGGCGAUACAACCGGCAGAACAAACUGCAGAAAUUUGUGAAGAAGAAGAAAAUAAUGAUGAACUUGAGGCAGAAGAAUAUUUGGAGGAAGAGUCGGAAACGGAGGAGCAAAUCGAAGAAGAGUUAGAUCACACUAACACUGCUGAACCGAUGGAAAUCGAUUUCGACAAUUAUUAAUUUAUUAUUAAAUAAAAAUACAAAUCUAAGCUCACUUUUAAUUCGUUGUAUUUAUUUAUAUCCACAACAACUGUCCACAAACAAAUAUUUAGUAAAAUGAUCAUGGAAGGUGUGCAAAUUUUCAGUUGUAUUAAAAUAACUUUAUUGAUGAUAAUAUUUUGUAAUUCUGCAAGAAGAAGAUAUUUCUCUUACAUUUUUUUUUUUUAAAU